CGUGGGUACGCAUGCGCCUGUGCUUGCUUUGGGGAUGGACGCCUUACGGGUUUGCCGUUGGGUUUCGGGGACCUGGCGACCCAGGUUCGGUGCUGGCUUACGGCGGAGAAAUGCAGGCUUCGGCACCGAGGCCCGGCGUCGGCCUCAACCUCAAGCUUCCAGCAAGCGCAAGGACCCAGUGGAGGACCAGCCCUUCCCGGGGCUUCUGCGGACAGAGAACCUCGGCGUGGAAGAGCUGGUUAACGUGCUGAGGGCAGCUGUGGUGGAUCAGAAAGGACCUCUGGUGACACUCAACAAGCCACAGGGUCUGCCUGUGACAGGGAGACCCGGGGAGCUGACAUUGCUUUCUGUGCUGCCGCAGCUGAGCCAGGCCCUGGGGCUUGGACACCGGGAGCUCCAAGUUGUACGAGCACCUGGAAAGGAGGCCUCUGGGCUUGUGCUUCUCUCCAGCUGUCCCGAGACAGCGAGCCGCCUGCAGAGGUUCUUUGCUCAGUCGAGGAGAUCCCAGAGGCCCACAGCCACCUACUGUGCAAUCACUGAUGGCAUCCCUGAGCCUUCUGAGGGGACUGUCAGCGUGGCUCUGAAGCUGGACCGCAUGGAUGGCAUUGAUCUUGCAGUCCCAGUGACAUCCCCAUCUCGGAAGGACAUCCUAGAAGGCGUCAAGAGGACCCUCAGCCAUUUUCACGUGAUGGCCACAGGCUGUGGCUGUGCCCUGGUCCAGCUGCAGCCACUGACAGUGUUUCCCAGUCAACUGCAGGUGCACAUGGCUCUGCAGCUCUGCCCGGUGCUUGGGGACCACACCUAUGCUGCUCGAGUGGGCACUGUUCUGGGCCAGCGCUUUCUGUGGCCGGCCACGACCACCAAACCCCAGAGACAGGGACCAACGUGGUGGCAGUAGAGUCUGGCCUCUCGGUGUGUCCCAGGCUUCUGGCUCCAGCGUCUUUCCUAGAAGCUGACCUGUGGGUAGGGGACCCUGAGUCCUUGCCUUCCCCAGAGCCUUGCUGGGUCAGCAGAUGAGGGAGUGAUGAGCGGACUGCUGUGCGCCGGUGGCCCACUGCCAUGGGUUUCUUGAUGGUAGACCCCUCCACCAGGAGCCGGAUCCCCACGUACUGGGGCACCUCCACAGCAGGCUAUGGGCAGGAGAAAAAACAAGGCCAUGGCAGACACUAGUGAGAGAUGGCAGUGACACCAUCUAGACUCGUGACACAAGGCAGAGAUGGACGAAUCGGUUUCUGGGGUAUCUGGUCAAGAGGCACUUCUGAAAACAGGAAGCUCCCUCUGUUCUCAAGGGGUCCAGAGACCCUAGACUCACAGAGCCCCAGGGAGCAGGAAACCAGAGAAGCAGAGAUCUCAGCCAUGCAGACAAAGCAGUCAAUCCCACUGCACACCAAGGUGACCUCUGGCCUGUGUCAGAAUAAAAGCAGCCAGAGGCAGACAGAAUUGAGCCAUGGUUUUCUGUGUGGAAAUGAAAUUCCCAUCAUGGAUACCAAGAAGAGGGAAGGGGCUAGAGAUGGCUCAGAAGUUAUUAGCACUCGUUGCUCUUCCAGAGGACCCAGAUUCAAUUCCCAGAAUUCACACGGCAGCUCACAAUUGUCUGUGACUCCGGUCACACCCACGCAGACACACAUGCAUGCAAAACACCAAUGCACAGAGAAAAAAUUUUUUUUAAAAAAAGAGGGAGGUAUAGUGACUCCUCCCGGUAGGGCCUCUGUAGUUAGAUAAGGGCUUCAGGAUCGACUCCACCUGAAUCCUAGUAGCUUUCUAAUAAAAGGGAAAGUUACAGGCGGUUGUGAGCUGCCUGAUGUGGGUGCUAGGACCUGAGCUUGGGACCUCUACAAGAUCAUCAAAUGCUCUUAACUGCUGAAACCUGUUUUCUUUGUAACUUACACUGUCUAUGGUAUUAUGUAUUAGCAACAGAAAUGGAUAGAUACACGAAAUACUAAAUUUUCGUGGGAGACAGUGUUGAGAUGGCUUAGUGAGUUAAGGUACUUGCUGAGUUCAAGCCCCAAGACCCAUGGGGUAGGAGCAGAGAACGGGCUCCCACAAGUCGGCCUCUGACUUCCACAUGUGUGCUGUGGCAUGUGUGACCACACACAUACACAAACACAAUAAAUAUAAAGAACAAUUUAAAAAGCUGCAAAUGGGUGGGCGUGGCUUCUAAUAGAGAUCUCUGAUGGCAGCCCUCUCAGUCCAAGGUCACAUUUGGCAUCAGGAACUAGAGGAUCUGCUGGUUGUGCUUUGUGACCCAGCACCAAACGUCUCUACCCUGAACCUCACCAGCUUGUUAACCUAUCUUCUAGUUCACAAGACAGAGAACAGACUGAGCUGAACAACACUGGGGACAAGCAGAUAAAGGAGAAUGUCGGACAGUGCUUCGGCCAGCCUGCCUGGCCUUCAAAGGGUCAGGAUGCGGAGCUGUCCUAGAUAAAGGGGAUCAGAGAGACAAAGCCACUAGUGUAGCUACCUUAGUUGCGCAAUGGCCC